UUUGAUCAGGGUUGGAACUGAACUGUUUUCCUUGGAUCUUUAAAACCCCAUUUUACAGAGGUUGAUUUUGCAGCAACACUUAUUCGUUUUAGUUUUGUGCGCUUUGCUGUCUGUUUAUCCUGACGCAUCAAUUCAGUGCAUUUUCCAGCAGAGAUCGCAGGCUGGGACGAUGACGGCUCGAGUGUGUUUCUCGUUGACUGCUGUUUUUUUGUGUCUGUUCGGAUACUUGAGCAUAACUCAUGCUAUUCAAAGACGAACCACAGUGGACGGUUUCUGUCCGGCGAGGCUGACGGUCGUGCCGUCCCAUCGAGGGUGUUCCUCUGAUGAAGACUGCCCUGGAGGGCACAAAUGCUGUCGAUUUGACUGUGGGCCUGUUUGCGUGCUGCCCGUUUUCAUGAAGCCGGGUCAGUGUCCCAUACCGGAAAUGAUUCCACUGUGUGCUAAAAGCUGUUUCCAUGAUGGCCAGUGUCCUGACACACAGAAAUGUUGCCCAACCACCGGUGGCUUUGCAUGCAGUGAACCACGUGGUCAGGAAAGAGGUCAGGCAAGUUGUCAAGGAAGCGGCUCUGGUCAGGGCGCCGGACAGGGAAGCGGUUAUGGCCAGGGCGCCGGAGCGGGACAGGGAAGCGGUUAUGGCCAGGGCGCCGGAGCGGGACAGGGUAGCGGCAUUGGUUUGGGCCAGGGAAGCGGUUAUGGCCAGGGAAGCGGUUAUGGCCAGGGUGCAGGAGCGGGACAGGGAAGCGGCAUUGGUUCGGGACAGGGAAGCGGUUAUGGCCAGGGAAGUGGCCAGGGAAGCGGUUAUGGCCAGGGUGCAGGAGCGGGACAGGGAAGCGGUUAUGGCCAGGGCGCCGGAGCGGGACAGGGUAGCGGCAUUGGUUUGGGACAGGGAAGCGGUUAUGGCCAGGGAAGUGGCCAGGGAAGCGGUUAUGGCCAGGGCGCCGGAGCGGGACAGGGAAGCGGCAUUGGUUCGGGACAGGGAAGCGGUUAUGGCCAGGGCGCCGGAGCGGGACAGGGAAGCGGUUAUGGCCAGGGCGCCGGAGCGGGACAGGGAAGCGGUUAUGGCCAGGGCGCCGGAGCGGGACAGGGAAGCGGUUAUGGCCAGGGAAGUGGCCAGGGAAGCGGUUAUGGCCAGGGAAGUGGCCAGGGAAGCGGUUAUGGCCAGGGUGCAGGAGCGGGACAGGGAAGCGGUUAUGGCCAGGGCGCCGGAGCGGGACAGGGAAGCGGAGCUGGUCAGGGAAGUGGCCAGGGAAGCGGUUAUGGCCAGGGCGCCGGAGCCGGACAGGGAAGCGGUUAUGGCCAGGGAAGUGGCCAGGGAAGCGGUUAUGGCCAGGGUGCAGGAGCGGGACAGGGAAGCGGUUAUGGCCAGGGUGCAGGAGCGGGACAGGGAAGCGGUUAUGGUCAGGGCGCCGGAGCGGGACAGGGAAGCGGUUAUGGCCAGGGCGCCGGAGCGGGACAGGGAAGCGGAGCUGGUCAGGGAAGUGGCCAGGGAAGCGGUUAUGGCCAGGGCGCCGGAGCGGGACAGGGAAGCGGUUAUGGCCAGGGCGCCGGAGCGGGACAGGGAAGCGGUUAUGGCCAGGGCGCCGGAGCGGGACAGGGAAGCGGCGCUGGACAGGGAAGCGGCGCUGGACAGGGAAGCGGCGCUGGACAGGGAAGCGGCGCUGGACAGGGAAGCGGCGCUGGACAGGGAAGCGGAGCUGGACAGGGAAGUGGCCAGGGCGCUGGAGCUGGUCAGGGAAGCGGGGCUGGUCAGGGCGCUGGAGCUGGUCAGGGAAGCGGAGCUGGACAGGGAAGCGGUCAGGGCGCUGGAGCUGGACAGGGAAGCGGUCAGGGCGCUGGAGCUGGACAGGGAAGCGGAGCUGGACAGGGAAGUGGUCAGGGUGCUGGAGCUGGACAGGGAAGUGGUCAGGGCGCUGGAGCUGGUCAGGGAAGCGGAGCUGGACAGGGAAGUGGCCAGGCAAGCGGAGCUGGACAGGGAAGCGGAGCUGGACAGGGAACUGGCCUGGGCGCUGGAGCUGGUCAGGGAAGCGGGGCUGGUCAGGGCGCUGGAGCUGGUCAGGGAAGCGGGGCUGGUCAGGGCGCUGGAGCUGGUCAGGGAAGCGGGGCUGGACAGGGAAGCAGUCAGGGCGCUGGAGCUGGACAGGGAAGCGGAGCUGGACAGGGAAGCGGAGCUGGACAGGGAAGCGGCCAGGGCGCUGGAGCUGGACAGGGAAGCGGAGCUGGACAGGGAAGCGGCCAGGGCGCUGGAGCUGGACAGGGAAGCGGAGCUGGACAGGGCGCUGGAGCUGGUCAGGGCGCUGGAACUGGUCAGGGAAGUGGACAGGGAAGCGGAGCAGGUCAGGGCGCUGGAGCUGGCCAGGGAAACGGAGCUGGUCAGGGCGCUGGAGCUGGUCAGGGAAGUGGACAGGGAAGCGGAGCUGGACAGGGAAGUGGCCAGGGCGCUGGAGCUGGUCAGGGAAGCGGGGCUGGUCAGGGCGCUGGGGCUGGUCAGGGAAGCAGAGCUGGUCAGGGAAGCGGAGCUGGACAGGGCGCUGGAGCUGGUCAUGGAGCUGGACAGGGCGCUGGAGCUGGUCAUGGAGCUGGACAGGGCGCUGGAGCUGGACAGGGAAGCGGUCAGGGCGCUGGAGCUGGACAGGGAAGCGGUCAGGGCGCUGGAGCUGGACAGGGAAGCGGUCAGGGCGCUGGAGCUGGACAGGGAAGCGGAGCUGGACAGGGAAGUGGUCAGGGUGCUGGAGCUGGACAGGGAAGCGGAGCUGGACAGGGAAGUGGUCAGGGUACUGGAGCUGGACAGGGAAGUGGUCAGGGUACUGGAGCUGGUCAGGGAAGCGGAGCUGGACAGGGAACUGGUCAGGGAAGCGGGGCUGGUCAGGGCGCUGGAGCUGGUCAGGGCGCUGGGGCUGGUCAGGGAAGCGGAGCUGGUCAGGGAAGCGGAGCUGGACAGGGCGCUGGAGCUGGUCAUGGAGCUGGACAGGGCGCUGGAGCUGGUCAUGGAGCUGGACAGGGCGCUGGAGCUGGACAGGGAAGCGGUCAGGGCGCUGGAGCUGGACAGGGAAGCGGUCAGGGCGCUGGAGCUGGACAGGGAAGCGGUCAGGGCGCUGGAGCUGGACAGGGAAGCGGAGCUGGACAGGGAAGUGGUCAGGGCGCUGGAGCUGGACAGGGAAGCGGAGCUGGACAGGGAAGUGGUCAGGGUACUGGAGCUGGACAGGGAAGUGGUCAGGGUACUGGAGCUGGUCAGGGAAGCGGAGCUGGACAGGGAAGUGGCCAGGCAAGCGGAGCUGGACAGGGAAGUGGUCAGGGCGCUGGAGCUGGACAGGGAAGCGGAGCUGGAGAGGGAAGUGGUCAGGGCGCUGGAGCUGGACAGGGAAGCGGAGCUGGACAGGGAAGUGGUCAGGGCGCUGGAGCUGGUCAGGGAAGCGGAGCUGGACAGGGAAGUGGCCAGGGCGCUGGAGCUGGACAGGGAAGCGGUCAGGGCGCUGGAGCUGGACAGGGAAGCGGUCAGGGCGCUGGAGCUGGACAGGGAAGCGGAGCUGGACAGGGAAGUGGUCAGGGCGCUGGAGCUGGACAGGGAAGCGGAGCUGGACAGGGAAGUGGUCAGGGUACUGGAGCUGGACAGGGAAGUGGUCAGGGUACUGGAGCUGGUCAGGGAAGCGGAGCUGGACAGGGAAGUGGCCAGGCAAGCGGAGCUGGACAGGGAAGUGGCCACGGCGCUGGAGCUGGUCAGGGAAGAGGGGCUGGUCAGGGCGCUGGAGCUGGUCAGGGAAGCGGGGCUGGUCAGGGCGCUGGAGCUGGUCAGGGAAGCGGGGCUGGACAGGGAAGCGGUCAGGGCGCUGGAGCUGGACAGGGAAGCGGGGCUGGACAGGGAAGCGGUCAGGGCGCUGGAGCUGGACAGGGAAGCGGGGCUGGACAGGGAAGCGGUCAGGGCGCUGGAGCUGGACAGGGAAGCGGAGCUGGACAGGGAAGCGGCCAGGGCGCUGGAGCUGGACAGGGAAGCGGAGCUGGACAGGGAAGCGGUCAGGGCGCUGGAGCUGGACAGGGAAGCGGAGCUGGACAGGGAAGCGGUCAGGGCGCUGGAGCUGGACAGGGAAGCGGAGCUGGACAGGGAAGCGGUCAGGGCGCUGGAGCUGGACAGGGAAGCGGUCAGGGCGCUGGAGCUGGACAGGGAAGCGGUCAGGGCGCUGGAGCUGGACAGGGAAGCGGAGCUGGACAGGGAAGCGGCCAUGGAAGCGGAGCUGGACAGGGAAGCGGCCAUGGAAGCGGAGCUGGACAGGGAAGCGGCCAUGGAAGCGGAGCUGGACAGGGAAGCGGCCAUGGAAGAGGAGCUGGUCAAGGCGCAGGAGCUGGUGAGGGCGCUGCUCAGGGAAGCGGCCAGGGCGCAGGACAUGGCAGCGGUGCUGGACAGGGAUGCGGCCGAGGGAAUUGUCAUGGAUGUGGCCAAGGUCAAUGUUGUGGUCAGGGACAUGUUAAUGGUAAUUUAGCAUAAUAUUUUCUGGAGAUCUUUUCCACUCCUUCAUUCAAAUGGCAUGUUUUCCCUUUUUGCUCAUGUGGUUUAGAAUUUCUGUCUCUACCACCUCAAAUUAAAAAAAAAUAAAACUGCUUGAUUUGAAAAGUU